AUGGAGAGAUCGCCGGGCAACCGCUGGCUGCCAAGCUCUCGUCUUCGCUGGGCGGGGCCUAGCAAAGAAGACAUGGAGGCCGCUCCUGUGACUGCCGCCACGGGUGCCCUAGGGCCCGUCAUCACCAAGCUUGCUGCUCUGCUGGGCAGGGAGUACAAGCUUCGGUGGCGUACUCGGAGGGACGUCAAGUCCAUCAGAGCCAAACUCAAGCCCGUGCACUCCAUCCUUUGGAACAUAUGGGAGAAAGUGGAGCUUGAUGAGGCAUCCAAGGUGUUGAAGAUGGACGCGCUGGAUCUCGCCGAUGACGUGGACGACGCCAUCGUCGACUUCAUCCUCAGGUUGGAGCGCAGCCGCAGUAACAACCGGCUCGUGCAGACCAGGAUCGAAGUAAGCCCUUUCCAAGAUUUCAAGAAACGAUCAAGUGAUGUGUCAGGUCGUUGCCGUAGCAAGUGGAAGAAGCUUUUCUCAUGUGGAAAAAUACCCACCAACGACUCCAGUCCUGGCAAGCCUAGAGCUUAUCCGUUCGUCCACAAGGAUAUAUCAGAGCUCGUGGGUAUGGUCGAACCAAGGGAUAAUCUCAUCCGACACCUCGUCGGAGAAGACCAGACAACACCGGUUGAGCUGCAGCUCAAAACAGCAUUCAUUAAUGGACCGGCCGGUAUGGGCAAAACGACCCUCGCCCACCUAGUGUAUGAGGAGAUUGGGAGUAAGUUCGAGUCCCGGGCUUUUGUGUCAGUCACUCCAGGUAGUAACAUAAGGGAGGUUCUUGCAAGUGUUCUCCAACAAGUAGAUCCCAAUAGAAGUGUACAACUUGCUGGCACCGAAGAAGCAGAGGAUCUCAUCAACAUCAUAUCGAAUUUCCUCAAAGAAAAAAGGUACCUAGUCAUAAUUGAUGAUGUAUGGAAUUGGAGAGAAUGGGAAAUCAUCAUGGAGUCUUUUCCUAUGAAUGAUUUGAGCAGCAGAAUUGUGGGAACAACUCGUAUAACUUCUGUAGCGGAGAAAUGGCGUAAUGAUUCUGAUGCUAAUAUCUCUACAACAACAAAAAAAUCCUUGCUCCAUGAGAUGCUGUAUAGUUGGGAAUAUGGGAGAGGAUGGGUCUAUGGAAAUAUUGCCACCGGAAUGGUAGCUAUGAAGACUGAUUUGGUCACAGAAGAUUUCGGCAAGAGAAAACCUAUCAUGAGUAUGUGUGGUGGUAUGCCCUUGGCAGUAUGUUGUUUGUUUUCAGCAGUCGCACAUGAGCGAGAGAAACAAGCGCAGCAAGGCAUACAAGCAAAUGCAUGUGAUGUGCAAGCUGAGAUUUUGAAGCAUGUUAUGGAGAAUGGAAUUCAGAAUACCCCAGGAUUUGAGCCGUUGGUAGAGAGUUUGGAGCUUAGCUUUGAUGAUCUUCCUCAUCAUAUGCUCAAGACUUGCGUGUUGUAUUGCAGCUUAUACCCUGACGGUCACACUUUUAAACAAGAUAAUUUGGUGAGGAGAUGGAUUUCGGAAGGAUUUGCUUAUACAGAGGAGGAAGCAAAUGGUUACUUUGAUGAGAUUGUGAAAAGGGGAUUGAUUCUGUUUGUGCCUGACAACAAGCUGAGAAUGCACACUAUGAUGCGGAAUUUCCUGAGAUGGAAAUCACGUCAAGAUAAUUUCAUUACAUGCAGUUCCGAAAUCACACCCUCAUAUAAUAACGUCUGUAGAAUCCGUCGGCUUUGUAUUUGCAAAUCGCCAAGGAGAUCUAGAGAUGCAGUAUCAGCAGACCCUUUGUCUGCACUUGAUUGGAAUCAUAUUCGAUCUCUUGUUGUUUAUGAAGGUAUCAAGAGAGUCCCCUUGGAGAAGUUGGAAGGGGUUCGUGUGUUGGAUCUUUGUGUCGAGAGUGUAGUGGAUCAACAUUUGAAGGAUAUAUGUGGUCUAGUUCGUCUGAGGCACCUGUUGGGCCUUAGUGGGGCUAGAAUCAGCGUGAUCCCACCAGAAAUAGUGAGGCUUCAAUGUUUGGAGACUUUACAGGCGAGUAAUAUACCACUACCUGGUUUGAUUGGUAAGCUGCAACAAUUGAAGACCCUGGAAGUGAGUGGUACGGCGGUCACAGAACUUCCUAGGGAGAUCAGGGCCCUACAGCAACUGCAGACCCUAAGAAUCCGAAGUACAUACAUCUCAGAACUGCCAAAAGAGAUCGAGGAACUGCAGCAACUAAUUAUUCUUGACAUUGGCAAUACACGGAUCACAAUGCUGCCAAAGGAUAUCAGGAAACUGCAACAACUAAUGAUUCUUGACAUUGGCGAUACACCGAUCACAGUGCUGCCAAAGGAGAUAGGGAAACUACAGCAUUUGGAGCACCUACUCAUGAUGGAUACAAAUGUGGAAAAAAUACCAAGGGAAAUCGGGGGACUGAAGGACCUCAAGAGUUUUGAAGUGGGAAAAAGCAUCACUGUGCUACCCUUGGAAGUUUGCACAUUGGUGGAAUUGCCCGACUGCAUCCACCAAGUUCUGAAACAGAGUGAUCUAUUGUCUGAACUAGCCAGGGAGAUGCUCUCUUUUCAGAAAUCUAGUUCUAUAGGACUCCAAGGGGGCCUAUUCGUCGGUGCCAAGCAGAUGCACAUCCCGCCGUGGAUCAAAGACCACUUCAAUGACAUUGUCGUGUUGGAUAUCAGGAUCUGCAAACUAGCUGAGCAAGGACUCAAGAUUCUGCGGGAGAUGCCUGGACUUGAGGAACUGACGCUAAGGUUCGAAGUCGUACCCAAAGAUCCAGUAGUCAUCAGUGAUGAAGGGUUCAGAAUGCUCACGAGCCUUACUGUUGACAGUCGCAUGCCAAGGGUCACCUUCCAAGAAGGAGCCAUGCCGAACCUAUUGUUUCUUACGUUUUGGAUCCAAUUCUACGUUGGCCCACUAAAUAAAGACCCAGUGGGUGUCAACCACCUCAGGGAACUCAUAUCGAUAGAGUUUAAAUGUAAUAGGAAUUGGUAUCCAGGAGCAGACAGCCCGUGCAUCCGCACGAUGGUUGACGUCAUGGUGAAAGAAUCCCAGGAGCUUCCCAAUUUGUCUGUCUUUAAUAUAUGUGGCGAGGAUGGAUAUUCAGACAAUGCAUGCGUGCUGAGCUUCGUUGCUUUUAUAGACCUGUACGGCCCUCGGUCAAUGGCGUUGCCCCACAACACCAAGUUUUACCGGUUGGGGAAUGGUGGGAACAUGAUGUUCGUGAAGGACAUAGACGAUUUGUCUGAGCAUCUUGGACGCCCGCACCCGGAGUUCCUUGGAACUCAAAUGGACAACCAGCCCGGAAGGGAACUGCAGUGGGUUAUCACUGCGGAUCUGAGAGGCAAGCGGGAGCCUCCUAUUUCUAUGAGGAUCCAUUUCUCUGUCAUGGAAAGCAACUGGCUAGAUGGACUAGCUAGAGCCAUGCAGGAAGCACUUGCCCGUCUGUGUGGGCAGCAUGUGACUGAGCUUUAUGGGACUCGCUUUGCUCACCUGGCAAUGCAUGAUUCCAUCGGAGGACCCAGGGCACUGUCACCCCACCCGGAGCUGAAGAAUCACGUGGAACACCUGGAUGUUAUGCUACAUGACACCGAGAAGGAGCUGGGCAACUAUCGCGUCUACGCCAACCAGAUUCGCUCCCACCUAGCGCGAUAG